UUUUAAACCAAUCACAAUCGAGGAAAUUGUAAUUUUUAUGAUUAACUAUGCUGAUAAAUAUCGACAGCAAAGACCCAUGUGUUUUGCUUUGCACCACACUUAUGACAUGCUGAACAUUUCAUCUUCCUCGUGAUACAAUUGACUUAUGAUCUUGUCAGCUGAUAUGUGCCAUCAAACCCAGGCAAACAGUCUAUUACUAAAGCAAAGCAUAGCUGUCAAAUCUACUGAACUCACGUUACUUUUCGCGCUUCCCUCCUCUCUAUAAGCUCUAACCCGACAAUUAGGUUUUUAUUGCGUGACAUGCUCAGGGUGAACUAACUAGAAAGUUGAAAUUCUGGCGAAUAAGCUCACAUCUAGCGAAUUUGGUAGCGCGGUUUUGCUAGCUAUGUUGUAAUCUUUUUCUUCUUAGUAGCCUUGUGUACUUAGUGUCUUUUACCGGCUUUUUCAUCCUAGUACCUCCAGAGAUUCUUGCACGUUGGCAUUUGGUUUUGGAAGUUUAUAAACAAAUGGUUGUCAACAUUCCAUGCAUUCGUUGUCGUAUUGAUUAAUUGCAUAUGUAAUCAUUGUUAUGGCUGCACAGGUCUGCCUCAUGAUCCACAGACUACUUUGUCAAUGUUAUAAUACGAUUCACAGUCAAUAAGAGGACACGCAUAGCUUUUUGUAACAACAAAAAGCGAAAAUGGUCAAGGGUAGACUAGUGAAUCUUUCAGACAGGACAUACUAUUAAGUAAAAGUAUGACGGACUAGAAACAAGAUUUCCAGUAUUUUGAAAAGAGCGAAAGCGACAGACUUCCGUUAACUGAAUUCCGCCUCAAACAUUGACUAUUGAAACAGUAUAAUUUAGUUUCAUAUGAAGGUAAUGUUUUAUGACUCUGAUGAUUCUGUAUUUAAACAGUUCCCAUUAAGAUAUCACUUGUCGCUUUAAUUUUAUAUCAGUAGCUCGAUAUGCGUAACACCCAGUAAACAGAUGUAAAAGGUUUUAGACUGUGGACGUCAUCUUCGUGCCUCUCAAUGAGAAAUUAUAUGAUACAGGGUCAUGUUAAGACCAUUAGAUAUGCAGAAUGUAUGCUAAUGUGCAUAACUAUUUUUUGCCAUUUUACUUUUUUCCUCAGAUUGUUUGAAGUAUGAUAGUAUUAGGGUUCGUGUAUCUCAAACACUGCUCUCACUGGUGAGAGGAGAGCGUCAAGGAGAAUUUGUCGACAGGAUGGCCAUUAAAAAUGCAUCUGAAACGUUACUGGCACUGGGACCUGAUUCCAGAAGUGUUUAUGAAGGCUAUUUUGAAAAACCCUUCCUUGACGAGUCUGCAGCAUUCUUCAAAUUGGAAAGUCAGAUUUUACUUGCAGAAAACAAUGCAUCAGUGUACCUUCAGAAGGUCGAAACCAGGAUUCAGGAGGAGGCAGAACGCGCGCGAUAUUUUCUGGAUCCCAGCACAGAGAAAAAAAUUGUAGAGAUUGUUCAAAAGGAGCUGACUUUCUAUAACAUGAAGACAGUGAUUGAAAUGGAAAAUUCUGGUGUUAAUCAUAUGCUUAAACACAACAAAAUAGAAGGUUUGUUUAGAUUCAGAGAGUUGUUUCCANUUCUAUAA